UGAUGACGGGGGUUUAAUACCGAAAGUGUCUCCCGUCCCUGACGUACGCCGCUGAAAUGGCUGCUGCGGCUCCUCAAGAGACGCCCGCACCGAGCGCCGAGAGCGAUGCACCGUCCGUGGAGGCGAACGAGAGCAACGGCGAGGAGAAGGAAAAGGGCCUCGACGAACCGAAGACAGAGCAACCAGGCGGGAGCGUAGAGCCGAAAAUGGAAAUGGAGGUGGACGCGGAGGCCGACGAAGAGGAGCGAGCUGCAGCGGCAGACAAGGCCGCGGGAGAGGCGGUGACAGAGGAAAGUGCUGCGACGGUCAACCAGGAGAAAACAGACGCUCCUGGGGAAGCGGAGCAGAGGCCGGAGUCACAGCCGAGCCCCGGAGACGGUAACGUUGAGGCCGCCAACGCUACCGGGGAGGCCAAGGAGGAGCCGGGAGAAGACAGCCGGUGCUCAGGGAUGGACUGCGAGAAGAGCAAAAGUGUCUGUGAAGAUGGUGAGAAAACCAGCGGCGGGGGCGGCGAGCUGGACGACAAGAGGCGGCCGAGUGUGGAGAUCUCCUCCUCGGACGGUGAACCACUGAGCCGCAUGGACUCGGAGGACAGUAUCAGCAGCACCCUGAUGGAGAUGGAGAGCACGGUGUCCAGCGGGCGCUCCACCCCGGCGAUGAUGAACGGGCACAGCAGUGCCAGCUCGUCCGGGGCCAAGACGCUGGCGUACCCCUGCUGCUGGGACCUCUGUCCGCAGUGCUUCAACUCCAGCCCGGAUCUGGCCGAGCACAUCCGGGGGAUUCAUGUGGACGGGCAGAGAGGAGGGGUGUUUGUAUGUCUCUGGAAGGGUUGUAAAGUGUACAACACACCGUCCACGAGUCAGAGUUGGCUCCAGAGACACAUGCUCACCCACAGUGGAGAUAAACCCUUCAAGUGUGUCGUUGGUGGAUGCAACGCCAGCUUUGCUUCCCAAGGAGGGCUGGCUCGUCAUGUUCCCAGUCACUUCAGCCAGCAGAGCUCCUCUAAAAUGUCGAGCCAGGCCAAACUCAAGGAGGAGUCGCCCUCCAAGGCUGGACUCAACAAGAGGAAGAAGCUCAAGAACAAACGCAGGUGCUCCCUACCGAGGCCCCACGACUUCUUUGAUGCCCAAACCAUGGAUGCUAUCCGGCACAGGGCCAUCUGUCUCAACCUCGCCACCCACAUCGAAAGUGUGGGGAAUGGCCACAGUGUAGUCUUCCACAGUACGGUGCUAGCCCGAAGGAAAGAGGGGACGGGCAAAGUGAAGGUUCUCCUACACUGGACGCCUGAGGACAUACUACCUGACGUGUGGGUGAAUGAAACCGAGCGAUCUCAACUCAAGACUAAAGUGGUGCACUUAUCCCAGCUGCCGCAGGACACAGCCAUGCUAUUAGACCCAAACAUCUAUCGAGCACUUCCUCAAAAGCGACUGAAGAGCAGCCUGUAAGGAGCCGACUGUGGACUUGAUACUUAAGGGGAAAUCCCUGUUCAAGGGAGGUUUAUCUACAGUGUAUGCGAUGGGACGCUCUUCUGUCUCCACUGAACGGGGGGAGUGAAGUGGCGGUAAAAGGAAGCGGAACUGGCUAUGCUGCAGUUCUCCUUUUUUUCAGUCUUCGGUUUUAUACAUCUAAAACUGUUGUAGCCAAUCGUGGUGUAAAAUGGGACUGAAUAUUUUUUAAAAGUUUGUGUUUAUGAAAAACUCACAAGAGUGUUUUUUAGCACACACCAAACUGAAAAUAUUCUUAAUACCCAAUAGUGUAAAAAAGGAAACAGUUUUGUGUAAGUUUGUCGAAUAACGGCAUAUUUUAUAACUGUUUUAUGUAAAAUAUUUAUCCAGAUUUGUAACUUAUUUUUAUACCAUGACAAUGCUGGUGUACUGUGGAUUUUUUUGUGACGGUUUUGAUUAGAACCGCAUUUACUGUGAUAAUAUAUGUGAAAUGUAACUUGUAGGGAUAUUUGGAAAUUUAUAGCUGUAAUUACGUCGUACGUGACAUAAGUCUUAACGGAUUAUCCUAUUUAUAGUUACUGAAUGCAGUACUGUUAACUGUUCAUAUGACAGCGGUGUGUGAGGUUGUGCCAGUCAUGUCAGACUUGACUUGUAUUCAGUGCGAUCGAACUGUUACAGGAGCAAUAACUCAGUAGUUGAGGAUACUACGGUGUAGCUCUUAAUCUUACAGUCUGUGGACUGUGCUUCUUAAAAAUCACUGACGUUUCAGCCGUCGGUUACAAGGUUUAUAUCACACAAACCCACUCCUCCUACUCUCCGUCAUGUAACGUGAACCGUCUCUAUCAUGGUCGCAUUACAUUACUGCUACUUAAGCACUUAAUAAUUAUCGUUAAAAUGUUUUUUUUUUCUACUCUGUGUUGUCAUCUUUGAAAAUGAAAUCCAUUAUUUGUAAUAAAAUGUGGGAAAUGUCCCACGUUGACGAAUCUGA